AUGUUUAUUGCUCGGCAGGUUCGACUCGUUAACCUGAGGAAGAAGUCUCUCUAUUAUUCUACUGAAAUAUUUGACGAAAUGGAUAUGUGGAUGAAAACCGCUGAGGCGCGCGGAGCCAGGGGAACUGCGAGAGCCAACGCACCUGGAGGGGACGCUGCAGAAGCAGUCAAUCUUCCAGCUGCGCAUCGAAUGAAUUUUAAAGAUAAUAAAACUGCCAUGGAGGCGUUGCUUACCACAAUGCCAAGAUUCUCUGGUAAAAAGGACGAAGAUCCAUAUGUCCAGUGGAUUGAAAAAUUUGUCCGCGAGUCCAAUUCUCUGCGCCUUGGCAGGCAGCUCACCAUAGCUGUAUUCCCGAGGAUGCUGAGUGCAUCAGCCAGGCUCAAAUAUGACGGACUUUCCAACGAAGAAAAAACUGAUUUCGGAUUGGCAACUCAAGCCCUAGCUGAAAUAUUGAGAGUAAGCAGUGGAAGAGACAAAGCUUUGAAUGAACUAUCCAAGACAACAAAGAAGACCACAGAGUCAAUGGUGAGAUUUGCAAAAAGGAUUGAAAAUGUGACCAGAACAUCAUUUCCAGGAUUGGAAAACGAACAAAGAACCGAAAUCACCAUUAACCGAUUUAUUCAGAGUCUCCCUUCACGAAUCAAAGUUAAGAUGCUGGAAAAGGAUAUCCCUGAAGAUCUUGAGGAGGCUAUAUUCCUGGCCGAAAAGAUGGAAGAAAUAAUAAAAGAAGAAGAUGAAGAGACUAUAAACUUAAUUGAUAGAGAUGUUAUUCAACGCUACCAGGCAACAUGGACAGAUGUGGUAGAGAACUUGAUAAGAUCCUUUGAAGUGCCAGAAGAUCGUGAACUUGCUCAACAAGAGAUCACCAUCCUGAAGCCACAGAACGCCGAGUUUUCAAGGAUGCUCAAGACGCUAGGUGAAUACGCCUACGAAGGAAUGCGUGAAAAGAAAAAAUUUGUUGUUAAAAUGUUUUUUAAAAUAAAUUUGUAA